AAGGCCACGCCUUUAGAAAGAGAAAGAGAGAGAAAGCUUCCGCCAUGGCCUCCAAUGGGAGCUCGGUGCUGAAGAUGCCAGAGAUUAAGUUCACUAAGCUCUUCAUCAAUGGCGCCUUCAUUGAUUCCAUCUCCGGUAAGAAAUUUGAAACAAGAGAUCCUCGAACAGGAGAUGUGAUAACAGAGGUGGCUGAAGGUGAUAAGGAGGACGUUGACCUCGCUGUUAAGGCGGCGAGGGAAGCUUUUGAUCAUGGCAGCUGGCCUCGCAUGUCUGGCUUUAAUAGGGGAAUGAUAAUGUUGAAGUUGGCGGACUUGAUCGAGCAACACGGAGAAGAACUCGCUAUGCUCGACUCGAUUGAUUCCGGAAAGCUCGUGCAUGUAACCAAAGCCUUCGACAUUAAAUUUGCAGCCGAUUCUUUGAGGUAUUAUGGAGGCGCUGCAGAUAAAAUUAAUGGUGAGACUCACAAAUGUAGCGGUGAGUUCCAAGCUUACACGCUUAAGGAGCCCAUUGGAGUAGUUGGCCACAUCAUCCCUUGGAAUUUUCCUACUCUAUUUUUCGCCGUUAAGAUCGCUCCAACGCUCGCCGCCGGGUGCACUAUGAUCGUUAAGCCGGCGGAACAAUCACCGCUAUCAGCUUUAUAUCUUGCCCACUUGACGAAGGAGGCUGGUAUUCCUGAUGGGGUUAUCAAUGUUAUCACUGGCUAUGGCCCUACUGCUGGAGCUGCUAUAACUUCUCAUAUGGAUGUUGAUGCUGUGAGCUUCACAGGAUCUACAGAGGUUGGGAAAUUAGUGAUGGGAGCAGCAGCAGCAAGCAAUCUGAAGACAGUUUCAUUAGAAUUAGGGGGAAAAUGUCCAUUAAUUGUCUUUAAUGAUGCUGAUAUUAAUAUGUCUGUGCAGAUUGCUUGGCAGGGUGGUUUUUUCAAUAAGGGAGAAAUGUGUGUUGCAGGAUCUAGGGUUUAUGUGCAAGAAGGGAUAUAUGAUGAAUUUUUGAAGAAGUUGAUUGAGAAUGUAAAAGAUUGGGUUAUUGGAGACCCAUUUGAUCCUCAGGUUCAUCAAGGGCCUCAGGUUGAUAAGGAACAAUUUGAGAAGGUUCUUAGGUAUAUAGAGGCAGGGAAGAGAGAGGGAGCCACACUAUUAACAGGAGGAAAAGCUGUAGGUGAGAAAGGGUACUACAUAGAGCCCACAAUCUUUACUGAUGUCAAGGAGGAUUUGUCCAUAGCUAAAGAUGAAAUCUUCGGCCCGGUGAUAUGCGUCAUGAAGUUCAAGACGAUUGAGGAAGCGAUCGAGAAGGCGAACAACACGAGGUAUGGAUUAGCUGCGGGAAUACUAACGAAUGACCUGAAUGUAGCUAAUCGGGUUAGCAGGUCAGUUCGUGCCGGCAUAAUUUGGGUCAAUUGUUUCUUCAUUACUGAUCUUAACGUGCCUUGUGGUGGGCACAAAAUGAGUGGUUUUGGCAAGGAUAGCGGGCUUCAGGCAAUGGAGAAGUAUCUCAAUGUAAAGUCUGUAUUUACUCCUAUUUAUAACUCUCCUUGGCUGUAAUUUUAUUUUUUGCAAUUACAUUCUAAAUAUUACAGUUUGGUACUUUUGGCUUGAGUGAUAAUAUCAUAAAUGAUAAAUAUAUAUUUGAUGGUUGAAAUUGUAAAUUUUAUGUGAUUCUUU